AUGGUCCAGCACGAUGUCCAACAACGCCGCAAGCCUCCCUUGGCUUCACUCCUCCUCUUACAUGUCAUCACCCCAUAACAUCGUCGUACCUCUUCUGCAAUCGGCAUCAUCACCAACUCCCCAUAUUCGCCGUAAACCACAUUUUGCUGUCCCUGCACGACCCUCUCGCAUGUCGCUUGCGCCGUAAGUCGAAGACUUGGUCAUCACCGCCCGUCGCAAUCAAGCGUCACACCGCACAGGCGCCCACGACAAUCCGAGUGCCGACGGCUUCACUUCACCACCGACAUCAAUUGAUACCGAGACAACAUCGCUGUCAUCCCAAGAAAUUGCGAACACGACAUUCCGGCCAUCUUGAAUUCUGCCCGCCAUGGCGAGCAGUUCCAAGCCAACAGCCAAACAUGCCAAGAAGACCCGCAUAAUCAUACUGCAUCUUUCGCCAGACAGUCUUUCUCAAUUCCCUUCCGAUAGCGCAGAUGUAGAUGUGCCGAAGUCGUCCGUCAAACCCGAUCCGUCGCCAUCAAUACAAGUUACCGAUGAGGACGCCAAUGACUCCAAUGCGACGCCCGUGCCUGCGACUGGAACUGAAGCGAGCGAGAACAACUCAUUAGCGCCGCCUGAUGGCGAUGGAAAGAAAAAGAAGGGAGGUGCCAUAGCCGGUCGCAAGCGCGCUCCGCCUUCGAUAGACCCAUUCGCUCUACCCAAAGAACGAAGCAAACCAGGUCCCAAGAAGAAGCCAAGAUUGGGUCCCGACAAAGGCGUGGUGAUGACUGGAUCUGCCGCAAAUGCAGCACACAAGCUUGGUCCAAAGGCCCACAUGGGUCCGAUCAAUGCCGGUCUUCGUGCACUGGAUCGUACUGGCAAGCCUUGCCGCAGAUGGGAGCGUAAAGGGCUCGUCCUGAAGUCCUUCACCGGCACAACUUGGGGCAUGAACACUUGGAAAGCACCUCCACGCGACACCGGAUUCAACGGUGAUGUCAAGAGUGAUAGUGCCGGCUCAAGCGAGAUCAAGCCGACCCAAGAAAGCAGUGCUGUCGCCAGUGAAAGAAGCCAAGGUGCUGCUGAGCCCCAAGACGUGACCAUGAAUGGACUCGAGAGCUCGCCUGCACCAAUCCCUGCCUAAAAGCAGCCGAGGAGUCUACGAAACGCAACCUCACCCUCUUCCACAUUGAGAUCUUGGUCGAUGCGCCUGAAGACACGAGAACGUCUAUGGCAUGACCUCAGCAGUUCACUAGAGCUGUCCUCAAACAUGGGCACUGAUUGGGAGAUCCGAGUUGAUGUUUAUUGUGUGACCACUAUUAUACGAUGCGUUGUACUACUAUUUAACGAUGAUUAGCAUUUAGCGAGGCGUUGGGAGUCAAACUGAUGGAUGGCGAUGGCUAGAUAGGUGGCCUUGUCAUUGUUUUCAUGCGGAUAUCGACGUAUCCGUGGACGGGUUGAUUUAUCGGAGAUCAUAUCUGAGUGAGCCAGAGCGCACAAGGUUAAUAAGCUCAAGCUUACUAGGCAGAAUUGAACGCAGGAAUAUACAUGAACGGACUGCUUCUUUGAAUACUUAAUCAACGACGAUGUCUCCUGUUCUAUUCUUAACCACUUU